AUGAUUCUGGAGGAUCUGUUAAUGGUCCUCAGUUGCUUCAGCCUGCACUCCCUCUGGAAGGUCCAAGCUGUUCCUAUCCUGCCCCUGAGCCUGGUUCCAGACACGUUCGAUGAUGCUUAUGUGGGCUGCUCUGGGGAGAUGGAGGAGAGAGCAGGCCUGCUGCUGGAGGAGGAGAUGGCACGCCACGCCCUGCUCCGGGAAUCCUGGGAAGCAGCCCGAGAGGCCUGGGCACACCGGCGCCACAUGCUCACCCUACCGCCUGGCUUCAAAGCCCAGCAUGGAAUAGCUGUUAUGGUGUACACCAACUCAUCCAACACCUUGUACUGGGAGCUGAACCAGGCUGUGCGGACAGGGGGUGGCUCCCGGGACCUCUACAUGAGGCGCUUCCCCUUCAAGGCCCUGCAUUUCUACCUCACCCAGGCCCUGCAGCUGCUGCGGGGCUCUGGCCGCUGCAGUAGGGGAGAUGGGGAGGUGGUAUUCCGAGGCGUGGGCAGCCUUCACUUUGAGCCCAAGAGGCUGGGGGACUUGGUCCGAUUAGGACAGUUUGCCUCCAGCUCUCUGGAUGAAGCCGUGGCUCGUGGGUUUGGGAAUGCCACUUUCUUCAAUCUAAGGACUUGUUUUGGGGCUCUUAUCCAGGCUUUGUCUGUCUUCCCCGAGGAGCGUGAGGUGCUGAUACCCCCACAUGAAGUCUUCUUGGUUACUGGGUUCUUCCAGGAUGGAGCCCAGAGUGUGGUGACUCUCUGGAGUUAUAAUCAGACCUGCAGCCACUUUAACUGCGCCUAUUUGGGUGGGGAAAAGAGGCAUACCUGUGUGUCCUCUGCAGCAGAAGGGCAGCCAGAGUUAUCCUUCACAGAGGCCUUGGCUCUGCAAUCGGGGAAGACGCUGUUCUUGGCCCCUGGGGAGUUGCAGCUCUUGAGCGCUGGUCCCUGA